AUGAAUAAACAGUAUGUGAGUGUUAAAAUGAAUAAUUCGAAUAUCAAUAAUCCUACUAUACUCAAUUUACCUGAUGAAAUAUUACUCAUCAUUUUCAAUAAACUGAAUACAAUCGAUGCUCUCUAUUCGCUUGUGGAUGUUAAUGAACGAUUUGAUCGAUUAGUACUUAAAUCACUUCAUAUUCGCAAUCUUGAUACGACCAACAUGGUCAUAAAAUCAUAUUAUGAUCGUACAUUUUCAAUAGACAAUAAUGUUCUUCCGAAAAUAUGUGAAAAAAUCUUACCUCGAAUUCAUCAUCAAUUGAAUAAACUUACUAUUGAACAAAAUUCAAUGGAACGUAUUCUACUUACUGUUAAUUAUCCUCAACUUUACUUGUUAUCACUUGUUAACUUUCAAGAAGAAAUACUUUUUCAAUAUUUAACAGGUAAUUCAGUUCUUCAUGAUCUUCUCACUCAACAAAUUACACAUCUUAAUAUUGAUGUUCCAUAUGAGCCAAAAUCAGAAACAUCUGAAACUCUAUCAAGUAUUUUUGCAUUGAUUUUAUCUGUAUGUCAACGAAUGACCAAUUUGAAUUUUUGUCAAUUGUUUUCUGAUCGAAAAGCUUCAAUUUGUAUUUAUAACUUACCAUCAACAAGUUGCAUAUCUUCGACCUUAACUGAAUUAAAAGUUAAUGUCGCAACUUUUGAUGAUUGUCUUUUUCUUCUUGCUGGACAUCUCAAAUGUUUAUCAACAUUGAUUAUUGAUGUGAAAGACAUAUCAUGGAGUUUAUCACAUAUAAAUAAUACGAAAAAACUUCCCGAAUUGAAAUGCUUCUCAUUGACUUCAAUAGAGUAUGCAUCUGAUUAUGAUGAUCAAAUUAUUCCAUUACUUCGUCGAAUGAUAAAUCUUAAAGAAUUAACAUUAUUCUUGACAGUACUAAAACCUUACUCGACUUAUAUUGAUGGUAUUCAAUUACAUGAUCAAAUUCUUAUUUAUAUGCCACAAUUAAACAAAUUUACGUUCAAUAUAAUCACAGCUAUUGUCAACAGAAACAUGAAAAUUGAUCUCCAAUCGAAUGAAUACAUUCAACAUAGUUUUAUUGGAAAAGGAUAUGGAGAAGUUGGUUCAUGUGUCCAUACUAGAUCAGAGCAUAACGCAGGCACGUCACAUGUUUAUUCACUUCCAUACAAAUUCGAAUAUUUUCUUCAUCUUAAUAACUCUUUUCAAGGUGAUAUGUUUGAUACAGUCCAAUAUUUAACAAUGAUUGAUGGACGUCCUUUUGAACAUAAUUUAUUCAAGCUUAUCUCUCAAUGUUUUCCUCUUUUGAAAAAGUUAUGUGUUGUUAAUUAUCAACUACAAAAAAAUAAGCAACAUUCAUCUAUAUUGAUUAUAUUUCCUCGUCUUAUUCUUCUCAAUCUGUUUGAAGCACAUGUGGACUAUGCUGAACAACUUCUCUGCGAUAAAAAUAUUCAUCUGCCUGCUUUAUUGGAUCUAUGCAUCGAUUACAAAUCACUUGCAAUGAUAACAAACAAUUUUACUAAUAAUCCAAUACGUCUCAAUUGUGCUAAAAUAAAAAAACUUCAUACAGAUCCGUUUUUACGGCCGAAAAAUUUUCAUAAAUAUUUUCCUUUAUUAUAA